GUGCCGCAAAAUGCUGCCGUAAAGUUGACGCAAAGUUGACGUAAAGGUGACGUGAAGCCUCACUUCGUCGCAGUGUUUAUUUGUGGAGGUCUGCUGCUGCAAUUAACUAGUUAGCGGGGUCUUCUGUUUAGUCAGCUUCCUCUUUUUCAGGUGGUCGACAUCGAGACACGUGUCGGCUGCUGGCGAGCUAUGAAGAUGAGAAAGCGACCGAACCUUCUGUUAACAGGAACCCCUGGUGUUGGAAAGACCACUUUAGGAAAGGAGCUAGCCCAGCGGACAGGGCUGAACUAUGUUAACAUUGGAGACCUGGCCCAGGAAGGACAACUUUAUGAUGGCUAUGAUGAAGAGUACCAGUGCCCGAUUUUGGAUGAGGACAGGGUGGUGGAUGAGCUGGAUGAAAAGAUGGUAGAGGGUGGUGUGAUUGUUGAUUAUCAUGGCUGUGACCUGUUUCCUGAACGCUGGUUUCACAUCAUCUUUGUCCUCCGAACAGACAACACUCAGCUGUACACACGGCUAGAGAGCAGGGGUUACACAGGGAAGAAGCUGCAGGACAACAUACAGUGUGAGAUCUUCCAGACUAUCUAUGAGGAAGCCAUGGAGGCCUACAGUCAGGAGAUUGUCCACCAGCUACCCAGCAACACUCCUGAAGACAUGGAGCGCAACCUGGAGCAGAUAGUGCAGUGGAUUGAGCAGUGGAUGAAGGACCAUAACUAGAAGCUGAACUCUACCUGCUGGCUUCCAGUGGCAGGAUUAUCUACAAAGAUUAUUUAGAUAGUUGAAUAUGAAUUGUAGUUAUUUUGAAUCUGUGUUUAUUUUCAUAAAUUUGAAACCAUAAUGACUUCAUUCAGUGACCUCCAGUUCACAAGGAGUGCUGUUGGGCUAACUCUGUAAUGUGCAAGUGCAAGCUAGUGUCAAAUCAAAGCACUGGUGUACAUUGGUGUAUCAUAUUUUUGUAUAAAUAAACGAUCACUGGGAAA